AUGGCGGAUCCUGGUGGUGCUGCCAGUUUCUCGACGCAAGCCAAUGCCUUGCUUAGGAAAAACUUAACCUAUCAGAAAAGGAACGUAUGGAGCAAUGUUCGGCUGAUCAUGAUCCCUUUCUACCUCUGCGUGCUUCUAAUGGUCAUUCAAGUCCUCUUCGAUAAAAAUUUUAAUAACUCCGUCGAAAAUCAAUGUGGUUGCCAAUGCAUUGAUACUCAAUGCCUAAACAAGACUUGCGGUUUAGAGUUUUCGUCUCCGGGUCAAGCAUUCUUUUGCGCCAUCCCUAGUCCUCCACAAUGGCCUCCUCUGUUACAAGUUCCACGCCCUGAAAGCCGUGCUGUUAGUACCAGUUCCCUCGGGAACAGAGACUUGCCUGAUGACUCUUGCAGAAGAACAGGAUCUUGUCCCGUAACUAUACUUUUUACUGGCAAUAACCAGUCUCUUGGAACAAGUUUGACUGAGAAUCUGCUCACUAGUUCUGUAACUGGGAACUCCUCUGACAUCUUGAGUAUUUUAGCCAACAAUGUCUUGGGUACCGCAGUAGAGGCAGAUAUCACCAAUUAUCUUGAUCCAGGGAUUGCCUCUGAUCUUCCCAUCUACAGCAUCCAACCUCGCUGCAUUUCAAACGCUACGAUUCCAUUCUCAUUUGGAGAAAAGCCUCUCGAGUUCAAGAAAGAGUUGAGAUGUGUUGAAGGAUUGAAUCUCUGGCGAAAUACCUCUGUAGAGGUCAAUGAUGAGAUAUUUAAGGGUUAUCGGAGAGGAAAUUCUGAGGGGAAAGUAAAUGAGAUUGCUGCAGCAUACGAUCUGUUAAACACGGACAGGAACAAUUUCAAUGUGCACAUCUGGUAUAAUUCAACGUACAGGGAAGAUUUAGGAGAUAGGCCUGUGACGUUGGUCCGAGUUGCCCGCUCAGUCAAUUUGGUGUCAAAUGCUUACCUUCAGUUUCUGCAUGGACCGGGAACAAGGAUGUUGUUCGAGUAUAUCAAAGAAAUGCCUAAACAAGAAACUAGACUUCGUCUGGAUAUUGCGUCUCUCAUUGGCCCCCUUUUCUUUACAUGGGUCAUUCUUCUUCUGUUCCCUGUGAUCUUGUCGUCAUUGGUGUACGAGAAACAGGAGCAUCUAAGAAUCAUAAUGAAAAUGCAUGGGCUAGGAGAUGGUCCAUAUUGGAUGAUUUCCUACGCCUAUUUCCUUACCAUUUCCGUGCUGUACAUUAUAUCCUUGAUGGUAUUUGGGUCAGCAAUAGGACUGAACUUUUUUCGGCUUAAUGACUACAGUCUCCAGUUCACUUUCUAUUUUCUUUAUGUAAAUCUGCAAAUAUCCCUUUGCUUUCUAGUAUCAUCAGUAUUUUCAAAGGUCAAGACAUCAACAGUGGUCGCGUACAUAGACGUGUUUGGAUCCGGACUUUUGGGCUUGUUUCUACUCCAGUUUCUGAUUCGAGAUUCAUCAGUUCCCAGAGUGUGGAUUAUUGUCAUGGAGUUGUUUCCAGGCUUCUCCUUAUACGGCGGGCUGUAUGAAUUCUCACAGUUUGCUUUCCGGGGUAACAUGAGAGGGACAGAUGGGAUGAAGUGGAAAGACUUCAGUGACAGUGCAAUGGUUGAGAUUUUUAUCAUCAUUAUCGUCGAGUGGUUUCUCGCACUCAUUGCAGCAUACUAUAUCGAUAAGGUCUCUUCAUCCGGAAAAAGCCUCUUGUUCUUCUUGAAAAACCCUUUCAAGAAAACCCCUUCUCUGAGAAGGCCUAGUUUGCAGAGGCAAGGCUCCAAAGUCUUUGUUGAAAUGGAAAAACCAGAUGUCACACAGGAGAGUGAAAAAGUAGAGCAGCUGAUUCGUGAGCAGAGCACAAGCCAUGCGAUUGUAUGUGAAAACCUGAAGAAGGUGUAUCCUGGUAGGGACGGGAACCCCCCAAAGUUGGCAGUUCGAGGGUUAUCUCUCGCCGUGCCUUCGGGAGAAUGCUUCGGCAUGUUAGGGCCAAAUGGUGCUGGAAAAUCUUCCUUCAUCAAUAUGAUGACUGGACUUUUGAAACCAACAUCUGGGACAGGGCUUGUUCGAGGUUUGGAUAUACGCGAUGAUAUGGACAGAGUAUACACCAGCAUGGGCGUUUGCCCGCAGCAUGAUUUGCUCUGGGAGACUCUUACAGGAAGAGAACAUCUUCUCUUCUACGGGAGGCUUAAGAAUCUCAAAGGCUCUGAUCUCAAACAAGCUGUGGAAGAGUCUCUUAAAAGUGUCAACCUUUUUCACGGAGGAGUUGCCGACAAACCUGCUGGGAAAUACAGCGGAGGUAUGAAAAGGCGGCUGAGCGUAGCCAUUUCACUCAUCGGAAAUCCUAAGGUGGUUUAUAUGGAUGAGCCAAGCACAGGACUUGAUCCAGCUUCUAGAAAGAACCUAUGGACUGUCAUCAAGCGUGCAAAACAACACACUGCCAUAAUCCUCACUACCCAUUCGAUGGAAGAAGCAGAGUUUCUGUGCGACCGAUUAGGUAUUUUUGUGGACGGAGGCUUGCAAUGCAUUGGCAAUCCAAAAGAGCUGAAGGGAAGGUACGGUGGAUCUUAUGUGUUUACGAUGACAACAUCAUCAGAAAACGAGAGAAACGUCGAGAAGCUGAUUCAAGAUGUCUCUCCAAACGCCAAGAAAUUGUAUCACAUCGCAGGGACUCAGAAGUUUGAGCUUCGAAAGGAGGAAGUUCGGAUCUCAGAAGUGUUUCAGGCGGUGGAAAAGGCGAAGAGCAACUUCACGGUGUUCGCUUGGGGACUCGCAGACACAACUCUUGAAGAUGUGUUCAUCAAGGUUGCUACAACCGGUCAAGCCUUUAAUGUCUUCGCUUGA